UCCUCCUUCACGGCUUUUGUUUGUUGUUGAAGCCUGUUAUUCUGCUUUUAUUCCUUGGUAUAGUGUCGUUGAACAUGAGACUCCUCGUCCGUGCUCUGAGAGCCUCUCAGAGACCACUCGCACUCUCCUCCGCCACCCUUCGCGCUUCACGACCCAUCCCAUCGCCGAACCCCACAUCCAUCCCCGUCCGCUCCCUCUCCCGCUCAUUCCACUCCACCACGCGACUCCGCAAUGAUUCCUCGUCCUCGUCCGCCCUCACAGAUGAAAUGCUCGAGAUCCUAAACGAGCCCCGCGACGUCGACGAAGCAGACGUCGUCAUCGUCGGCGGCGGCCCGGCCGGUCUCGCGGCCGCCAUCAGACUCAAGCAGCUCGAGCUCGAGCGCGGCAACGAAGUCCGCGUCGUGCUCCUCGAAAAGGCUCCCGACAUGGGCGCGCACACGCUCUCCGGCGCGGUCGUCGAGCCCCGCGCGCUAGACGAGCUCAUCCCGGACUGGCGCGAUGAUCCACCUAGUCCACUGACGCCCGUGACGAGCGAGAAAAUGCGGUUCCUGACCCCGACCCACGCGAUCCCGAUCCCCGAGCCGCCGCAGAUGCACAACAAGGGAAACUAUAUUGUCAGCCUGAGCGAGGUCGUCAAGUGGCUCGCCGCCAAAGCCGAAGAGCUCGGCGUCGAAGUCUACCCCGGCUUCUCGGUCUCCGAGCUCGUGUACGACGACGAGUCCGGCGCGGUCCGCGGCAUCGCCACAAACGACAUGGGCAUCUCGAAAUCAGGUCUGCCAAAGGACAGUUUCCAGCGCGGAAUGGAGUUCCACGCAAAAGUCACCUUGCUGGCCGAGGGCUGCCACGGCUCGCUCACAAAGAAGGCAAUCAAGAAAUUCGACCUGCGGCGCGACAAAGAUCCGCAGACCUACGGCCUCGGCAUUAAAGAGGUAUGGGAGGUUCCUGAAGAAAAUUUCAAAGAAGGUGAGGUCGUGCAUACCAUGGGCUGGCCCCUCAACAAGGAUCUCUACGGCGGCGGAUUCAUGUACCACUUUGGCGAGCGCCUCGUCAGCGUCGGUCUCGUCGUCGGCCUCGACUAUGCAAACCCAUGGGUCUCGCCGUUCCGGGAAUUCCAGAAAAUGAAGCACCACCCGCUCUACGAGUCCGUUCUCAAAGGCGGGAAAUGCAUCUCCUACGGCGCGCGCGCGCUCAACGAGGGAGGAUACCAAUCUAUCCCGAAGCUGAGCUUCCCAGGCGGUGCCCUCAUCGGCUGCUCUGCGGGUUUCGUCAACGUGCCGAAGAUCAAGGGCACGCACACAGCCAUGAAAUCCGGCAUGAUGGCCGCCGAGAGUGCGUUCGAUGCCAUCGUUGACUCGACAGAAAGCAGUAGUACCUCGCCGAUUGUGCUGGAAACCUACGAAAAGACGUUUGAAAAGUCGUGGGUGCGCGACGAGCUCUACGAAGUCCGCAAUAUCAGACCGUCGUUCGAUAAUAAACUGGGCAUGUACGGCGGCAUUCUGUACUCUGGCCUCGACACGAUGCUGCUCAAGGGUCGCGUGCCGUGGACGUUCCAUCACAGACACACCGACGCUGAGAUGACCAAGCCUGCGGACCAGUUUGAGAAGAUCGAGUACCCGAAACCGGAUGGAGUGGUUAGUUUUGAUUUACUGACUUCGGUCGCGCGGACUGGUACCAUGCAUGACGAGGACGAGCCUGUGCAUCUUAAAGUGGCAGACUGGGACGCGCACACCGCUGCCUCGUUCCCGAAAUACCAAGGCGUCGAGAACCGGUUCUGCCCCGCUGGCGUGUACGAAUACGUUCCCGACGAAACCAAGCCCGAAGGCGUGCGCUUCCAGAUCAACUCACAGAACUGUAUCCACUGCAAGACAUGCGACAUCAAGGUGCCGACCCAGGACAUUGACUGGGAGUGUCCUGAAGGCGGUGAUGGGCCAAAGUAUAUGCUGACUUAACCGGGACGCUGCAUACAAUUCAUGAUAGACGAUAUAGACAUUAAUACAAGUAGACACAAUACUUUUACUCUAAUCAUAUCUACAGUUGAAUAUCA